CUGCAGCCAGGUCCCGUCGGCAGGGCAAGGCCAGGGGUGCGAGAAGCGUUGCGGAGGGGGGCUCUGAGUGGGACUCCAAUCCCUCUACACUCCAAAACAUCAGCCGGGCACUGGAGGCCCUGACAGCCAGGGUUGCAAAUCUGGGGAACUCCGGGCCCGUGGCAGCCCCCACAGCCAUGCAGCCCGUUGAGGUCCCCCAACGGAAGGGGAGCAACAAGGCGAAGAGAGGUGCGGCGCGAGCCAGGCACCACGACUCACGCUCCCCCUCAUCCAGCCCAGAGCGCUCCACCAGCAGGCGUCGCAGGAGGUCGGCCAAGAGGAGGAGGACGGGCCGCGAGAGAGGAAGCCACCGUCGGCAUCAUGAGGAUUCAGACAGCGACUGGACCACAGAUGGAGAGGUUCUUUGCACUGGCUCCAGAGGCUCAACGCACCCCCGAUCCAUUUCCGGAGGAGCUAUGGCUGGCUGGAGAGACAUCGUGAUGCAGGGAGUAUUUAGUUCAGUGGCCCCGUCCACGCUCAAGUCCUACUCGGCAGCGCAGGAGCGCUUCGUGGCGUUCACUUGGGGGGCGAGGGGUGGGGCUUUACGGCCCCCCUCUCAGGAGGAGGUGCUCCGCUACCUGGCCCACCUGCGGGCCCUGGGGCGGGCCCCCCGCACCACGAGGCAUGACUUAGCAGCAGUGGUCAUCACCAUUCGACGCUCCAAGACGGACCAGCGCGGACCAAAGAAGUCGGUUUGGAUUUGCGGACACAGCAUCGUCCAUUGGGCUGGAAAGUAUGCAGCGUCAUCUGGCUGGGGCCGCCACCUGGGCUUGGAAGACUGCCUGCGGAUCCACUGGAUGGGCGUGCGGGGAAUGCUCUGGGACUCCCUUCUCCCGUUGUUGGUUCGUCAGGCCCGGCGGCUGGGCCCUCCAGAUGCAUUGGUCAUCCAACUCGGGGAGAACGACUUGGGCAAGCGGGAGGGGCCCGAUCUGCAGCGGGCCAUGUGCUCUGACCUGGUCAAACUACAAGGACUCUUCCCCCAGACGGCCUUGAUCUGGUCGGACUUACUCCAGAGGCAGGUCUGGCGGGGGGCGCGGUGCCCCAAGAAAGUCGACGGCAUCAGGCAGAGGGUUGCUCGGGCCCUGCGUCGCCACGUCGAGGAAACUGGUGGUCGUUUCGUCGCACACUGGGACAUUUCGUACCGCAUCGCCCCCCUUUUCUCCCCCGAUGGGGUUCACCUGUCAAGCUGGGGGCAGGACAUCUGGCUCCAAGACCUGCGGGAUGGCUUGUUGGGCUGGUGCCAGCAGUAGGAGUGUUGGCGGGAGCCACGGGUGGCUCUGGUGGCGGUGGUCAUUGGGUCAGAUCCCUUUUGGGGGGAGCUGGGGGCCUCCGGGCCCCAGGCUCCCCGUUAAGGAGAUUCCCAUAAGGAGUCUUGGGAGUGAGGCAUGGGGAUGCAUGCCCAGCUCGGGGGCUGCCACAGCAUCCUCACUCCCAGGUGGCAGGGGAAUCACCCAGGGGUGUACACCCAGGUGAUCUCCCCCUAAUGCCACUCCUUGGUUUUCCCUCCCCCAGCCGGGAUCUGGGGGGGUCGAGGCUCAUCGGCUGGCAGGCGGGUCUGCCGAUGCUCUUUGGGAUCUGACCCACAUGUGGCGCCAAUACUCCUUGUUUGCUGCUGUC